AUGUUAAGAAAUUUAAUUUUUGUACAUAAUUCACUACUACACAUUUCUUAAAAUUAAGUAAUCUUUAAUUAAGUGUAAUUAAAUUAUAAUUAUAAAAGUAAUUGAAUGAUAAGAUAGAAAAUUUUGAGAAUGUAGAAACUUCAUUAUCAGAUGGUGUACUUAAUAUACAUUUACAGAAUGAGAAAUCAUUUUUUAUUAAUAGAUAAACUCCUAAUAAAUAAUUGUGGUAUUCAUCUCCAAUUAGUGGACCUUAAAGAUUUAAUUAUCUUAAUGGAUAAUGGGUCAAUUCAAAAUAAGUAGAAAUAGAGAAUUAGUUAUUUAAUGAAAUUAAUUUAUUAUUAAUAAAAUGA